UUCUAGACUCUAUAAAAUGGAAGAUAUUUUGAGUACCUAAAGACUGUGAGUGUGAUAUUUGAGUUUAAACCCUAGCCGCUUUGCUCAUCAUUUUUCAAUUUGGAACUCGGAAUCGUAAUGGCACUGUUUAACAAGUUGGGAAAUGUCUUGAGGCAGGGUGCUGCUCGCAGCAGACAAGCACCUGUUGCAUCCAUGCUUAAUUCUAUUCGCUGCAUGUCUUCAAGCAAGCUUUUCGUUGGAGGCCUUUCAUAUGGGGUUGAUGAUCAGUCUCUUAAGGAUGCGUUUGCUAGCUUUGGAGAUGUUGUUGAGGCAAGAGUUAUAACUGAUAGAGACACUGGAAGAUCAAGGGGAUUUGGGUUUGUUAACUUCUCCAGUGACGAAUCUGCAAGUUCGGCACUCUCUGCAAUGGAUGGGCAGGAUCUAAAUGGGAGAAACAUUCGGGUAUCCUUUGCAAAUGAUAGGCCUUCUGGACCUCGAUCUAGUGGUGGUGGUGGUUAUGGCGGGGGUGGCUAUGGUGGCGGGGGUGGCUAUGGUGGUGCUUCUCGUAAUGGUGGUUGGUGAUCCAAUUUUUUACUUGUAGUGCCUUCUGCCUAGCUUUUAGUUUUGUGUUUAUUCCUUGAACUUUGAUUGGGGUUGUCACUGAAGUGAUAAAGUAGUAGUUAGUGGUGGAAUAUUAUGUUUUUUUCCUUCCAUUUCUGGGUUAUGUUACUCUGAUGUUAAUGGGAGCAUUUGUUUUGCUCUAUUAUGGUCAAUGAGCAUGUUGGGUUGAAUUAAAGAGUUUUUUUUUUGUUCAA